UGUAGUGUCAUUCGACAUUGAUCAUGGAUGCCGGUGAUCAUGAUACAUCCAUAGAUCAUGAUUUUUUUCUCCAAGGACUCACAGGGGACUACGGCCCCUUUGAUACUAGUGCUGCAGGUGAUGAUGGACCCGACGGUGAACCUUCGGUUGGUUCACAUCCAGAUCCAGGUGAUGCAGCAGGAGUGCCAUCGUCAGGCUCUACAAGUGCGCACACAUUAGCAAGCAGCGGGUCUAAAAGAUCAAGAGCCGGUACUUCCGAAGUUUGGCAAGACUUUGAAAGGAUCUACAAAGAGGAAGAUGGGGUAAGUGUCAGGUAUGCUAAGUGUUAUAUUUGUAAAAAUGAAUUAUCUGCAAAGCCCUCGGGUGGAACGGGGCACUUGAAGAGGCACGCCAUAAGUUGCAAGCGAAAGAGUGGAGCAGCCAUGAAGCAGACGGUGUUGCAGUACAACCCCGACGGCUCUGUUCAUCAUUGGGAGUACGACUCUGCCAAUGCUCGAAAAGAGCUAUGUCGCUUCAUUGCAAGAGCGGAUCUACCACUCAAUAUCGCAUAUAAACAGUAUUGUGUUGCAAUGGGUGUGCGUCCACGUAAGUUUGCUCUGGACAUGCCGGUGAGAUGGAACUCUACUUUCUUGAUGCUUAAAAAUAUUAUACCAUAUAAGAGCACAUUUGGUGUGUUUAUUCAUACACAUUACCAUCAGCAUGGGGGUUAAACUUUACUCACGGAAGCGCAUUGGUAUGUUGCUGAAAGGAUACUGGAGUUUCUUGAAUUUUUUUAUGAUUCAACUGUGAGUUUAUCAGGAGUUUAUUAUCCAACAUCUUGUUUAGUAGUGCAUAAUAUUGUUGAAAUUGCUACUCAUUUAAACAACUAUGAAAAUGACAAUCUUUUAAGAGAUUGUGUAGUUCCUAUGAAAUCUAAAUUCUUAAAGUAUUGGAAAGAAAUUCCUUUGUUAUACGCUUUUGUCUUUAUUUUAGAUCCUAGAGCUAAAAUUGCAGCUUUCUGUAGAGUUCUCGCAAUUCUAGGUGAUGCUCUUGGCCAUGAUUAUUCUAAUUAUUAUACUAAUGUUCGUUCUAAGUUAUUCGAAGUUUAUAGUAAAUAUGAAACAAAGUAUGGCGGAGUUCGCCUGCAACGACCUCUACUAGCACCCACAACAAGU